GCUCCGCAUGCUGAUCGUGCCAAUCCGUCUGCUAUAAUAAAUCCAGCAUAAUGCAUUGAGUUUGAAUCGUCGCUUGCCCGUUGGCCGAGCUAAUCUUCCAGAGAUCCCGACCGUUUUUAUGGGAUAAAGAAUACGUUAAAAAAGAAACCAUUCAAAUGAGCUAGACCACAAUGUGUCACCACGGCUGCCCAACUCCGUUCCCCAUUCCCAUUCCCCAGGGUAUAAAUAGAGGAGAACUGCGUAGAUGGACUGUCAGAACUGGAAGUGAUUCGAAAUAGAAGCAAGAUGAGAGCCCGAGAUUCCUUUUUGACAAUACUCAUUCUGCUAUUCACCUGCUGUCUGGAUUGGAGCAGUGCUCUGUUCUUCAAGUCUUGGAAGUCGGGAAAAGGAUACAGCGGAGCUCAAAACUAUGGUAGUAAUGGCUAUGGAAACUACGGUUACGGAUAUGGAAACUAUGCUGGAGGAUACGGCUAUAACUAUCCAGCUUAUCCUGCAUAUUCUUCCUACUCAUACCCAUCAUAUUCAUCCCACUCCUCGCACUCUUACCCAAAUGGAGGACGAAAGCCAUCCGGAAACCGUCAAGGACGCACCUAUUCCCAAAUAGCAAAAGUCAUAAAUCCAGCCCCCUAUGUGGGUCCUGGCGGCAGUCGGUUCCUGCCUCGCACUCCUUACUCGCCUCUUUGGGGUUGAGCACUUCCUUAUAUAAGAUCAUGUUGUCAGCAGUAUUAAGCAUUAAAAUAAAACCAGCGAAAGUUACAUCUA